AAACAAGACGUCAAACAUGUGUACCUAAUUUAUAAAAAUGGUGUCCGUUUACCAGCUGGCAGUAAACUUUUAAUAAAAAAAGUUGUUCUUCGGUUAAAGUAUAUUUUGUGUUAUGGCGUCUGUACUAGAUUUAAUUAAACACUGUCAACAUGCGAUUGAAAAAUAUUGCAAUGAUGAACAGAAAAUUUUAAAGUGCAUAGAUAAGUUGUUUCACCUUAAUGUGACAGUGCAGCACCUUCAGGAAACUGGUGUAGGCCGAACUGUUAAUGCUCUUCGUAAAGAACCUGGAGAUGUUGGCCAGGCUGCCAGAGCACUUGUGUACAAAUGGAAGCUAAUGGUUGCUUCUGAAGAGAGUGACCAGGAAACAGAUAAUAAUGAAACAUCAAAAUACAAUGGUCACGACGAUGGAAAUUCAAAUGGCAACCAUAGAUCAAAAUACAAACAAGAAAAAUAUGAAACUGAGUCAAAACAAGAGGAUAAAUCACAUAGACACAUGAAUGGUGACCACAAUCGUAAUAAGAGAAAAUAUCAUAGUAGUGAGGAAGAUGAACCAGAUGGUAAAAAGUCCAAACAUAGUCAAAACAAAGAAAAUAGUUAUAAAAUUAAAACAGAGCCUAAGUCCGAUAAAUCUGAAAGUGAAAGUGAAGAAUCCUCUGACUCUGGCAGUGACAGUGACACAUCAAAUUCAUCAGAUAAUGAAAAAGUUGACUAUAAAAAAAUCAAACAAGAAAAAAUAGACCAAUAUAAAUCUCCACCAAGUAAACAUUCUAGCAGCCAUAGUCAUAGAAAUAAAAGUUCAUCAGGGUCUGACAAGGAAAAGUUGUUGGAAAAACAUUCUAAAUAUAGUUCUGAAAGUUCUAAACACUCUUCAUCAAAGGAUAGAUCUCAAAGCUCACAUAGACACAGUUCAAAAGAAACAAAAGAAAGGGACCAAUAUAAAGAAAAAAAGGAAAAGUUCUCUGAGAAAGAUAGACUACAGAAGGAAACACCCUCAGAUAAAGAAAAACCUAAAGAAUCAUCAAGCAAACACAGCAAAUCUAAUAACCAUAAGGAUGAAAAAGAAAAGUCAAGUAAAAGUAAGUUGCAUGACAAAGAGAGGUUAUCUGAAAAAGAGAAAAGACCAGAUAAAGAAAAGAAACAUUCUGAAUCCUCAAAACAUAGCCCAGACAAACAUAAAUCAAGUGAAGAAAAGAGGGAAAAAUCUACAAGUAAAUCAGAUAAACAUUCUGAAAAGGACAAGCAUAGAUCUAGUAAGGAAAAGAAUAAAUCGGAAAAUGAAUCAAAAGAAAAAAGUAAAGAAAGUAAAGAAAAAUCAAAAGAUAAAUCUAGUUCCUCAAAAGAUAGAGAGCAUAAGGAUAAGAAAUCAUCAUCAAGUGAUGUAACUAAAGAUAGAAAGAAGUCUAAAAGUGAUAAAAGUGACAGCAGUCGAAGUGACAGUAGUCGAAAAGAUAAACAUAAGUCUAGUAGUAAAAAUAAUGAUAUACCAAAGAAAAAAACUGAUGAGAGUAAUGGUGAUAGUGACGGCAUUGGCUGUGAAUCAGGUGCCAGUUUCGCUGAGGCCCUUGGCAUGGUGAGUCCAGUGAAAUCCAAAAAGAAACAAAUCAAAGAAACACACUCACCUAGUUCCUUUAAUGGUGAUCUCAGCCCAGCUUCUUUGCUGGCUCCAGAUGCAAAAUUGGCUCCUCUACCAAACAUUGAAAUUUCGGCUCUACCUGAGAUAUCACCGAACUAUAAGCCGAGACCGCCUCCCAAGUUUCUCCCACAUUUCGAUGAUAUGGAUUUAAGUACUGUUAUGUCUUCGAAGAACCAAAGAACAAAAGUUUACUCUGGAAAUAAGGUGAUAGGGAAAAUACCUUCGCUGUAUGAAAUGUGUGUUACAGUCCUUCAAGAACACAUUGAUGCUCUGGAAUACACUGGUGGUGUGCCAUAUGAGAUAUUGAAACCAGUUGUGGAUAGAGCGACUCCCCAACAGCUCUUUAUGUUGGAGCACUUUAAUCCCUAUCUUAUGGAGGACACUGACCAUUUGUGGCAGAAUUUCUGUAUAAAGCAUUUCAGGAAUAAGAAACGAAUGGAGAUGGAGACGUGGCGGGAGAUGUAUAUGCGCUGUCAAGAAGAGCAAGAAAUCAAACUAAAAUCCCUGACGGAGAAUAUAAAAAUAGCCCAAGAAGCAAAAAAGGCGCCAAUCAAACAGACAAAGAUGGCGUACGUCGAUACAGUUGUCAAACCACCGCGAAGUAUUGCCAGGAAACAAGCGCAGCACGGAACAGCAUUUGCUGCAACUGCAAGUCCUGCAGCAAGAGUAGCAUCAUUGGCCUCUGGCCCAAACGUACUGAAGGGCGGAAGACCUACCCCAGUUACAACACUAUCUCCCUUCGUGAAACCUAAAAAAGCACCCUUAAUGCAAAAAGCCCUCCAAUUCAUGAGGGGAAGAAAACGGUGAAUUUCCAUAGAAAUUAUUGUAAGCAAGUGUUACCGACCAGCGAUGAUGUGAGUUUUUGUCUUGGUUCAACUAUCCAUUAACAGGAAUUUUUUUAAGUAAUAUAGCAUAGAUUUGAGGUAAAAGUGUCCUAAGUAGUUUUUCUAUGGUUAAAGUCGGCUUAUAAAGUACUACUUGUGAAAAUUACAAUUCUACUAGUUUUUGUUAUGCAUAUAGUAAUAUAUAUAUAAUGUUCAAAUCCUGUACAGAAUGUACUUUUGAUAACCUGAAAAACCUUGAUCAAGGUUUUUAUAAUAAACAAAACCUAAUUGUUUUCAGGACUUGGGGUAAUGUAAAUAUAUAUUUAUCACAAUGAUCCUGUGCACUAGUUAAAUUUCAUUUAUUUAUCAUAUAUUAUCAUAUAUGACACUUUGAUUUUUAUUUAAUAUUUUUAUUAUACAGAUUUCAAUUAAAAAAUUGUACCUAUAGUAACUUAUAAUCGUAUCUUAAAUUAUUCAAAAUAUUGUUUUAAUGAAUAUAGAUAAUCAAUAAUUCUAUAUUAUAAACUCUUUUUAGAGCUUACAUUUAUAUAUUUUUGUAUUUACUUAGGGUGAUAUUCAGAGUCCAGGCUAAUCACUAAAUAUGGCUCCCAUAUGUCAAAAAUGUUUGGAGUUACAAUUCACUUGACUAUGAAUCUUGCCUUAAUUAAUUAUUUUAUUUGUUUUACAGACUUUGAAAUUUACAUUGAUAUACCAAUACAUAUUCUCAAUUAUUUCAAUAGGCAAUACAACUACAAUUUGUAUUUUGAUAUAAAGUGUUUUUUCAUAAACUGCAUAGAAGACUCCCUUUGGAAUCCAUUUUUGAUUGAAAUUCAAAAACAAGUUGAGAUAUGAACUUUCUCAUUUCUAAAAAAAUAUAGUAGCUUCUACAGUCAAAACAUAAUCCGGCAUAAUAAAUUGAAAAUAACUCACACAUUGACUGGUACAUGAAUUAUUUUAGAAAUAUUUUAAUGUAAUGUAGUUUGUACGUAGUAUAUUGAUUGUAGUGAUUAAUUUAAGAGUAAGAAAUAGAUGUGUCUGGUUCCUAUAUCUAACAAAUGACUGUUGGUAUAUUGAUGUUGCUAUAUUCUACAUAAAUUACGAUCAAAAUCUCAUUGAACACAUGUAUUUAGAAAAGUUAGUAUGAUAUAGAAACCUGACAAAAACGGAUUUGAUGAAUUUGACCAAUUCUUAUUGUUUGACAUUAGUGUUGUUAUAAUGAUUUUUAUGAAAUAUGUAUUUUUAUAUUUUAUAUCAUCACAAAGUUAUUUCACUGGGACGAUUCAAAUAACAAAAUAAUAUAUAAGUAUACAAUUGUCAGUUCCAAUUGGAAAAUGUAUAUAAUAAGUAGCAAAAA